AUGGCUGAGCUGGACUCGCUCAUUGAUUCUAUGAUCAGCCAGCGCAAAGCUGGAGAGGUCAACUAUAUCGACGACAAAUAUGCCGACACAAUCAAAGUCGAGGCAAUCCCUUCAAAAGGUCAAGGAGUAUUUGCGCAAAGACCACUGUCCGUCAAAGAUGCACUCUGCUCACUCGCUAUACCGACCACCCUGGCGAUCGACGCCGAAUACCUCCCGACGACAUGCUAUCACUGCCUCAUUGUCACAUCAACCCAACUCCCCCUCAAACAGGGCGGGACUGCAUCAGCGUCGCUUAAAGAUUGCGGAGGCUGUCGCAAAGCUCGAUUCUGCAGCAGAGAAUGCCAGGUUGAAGCGUGGCACGCCUAUCACAAGUUCGAGUGCAAAGUCUUUAAGAAAGUGCAAAAUGACCUACCACCUCCUAUUCUCCGAGCGGUUCUGCGGGUAGUGCUCCUCAAAGACCGAAAUAAAAUCCCAGAGGACGAAUGGACCCGCAUAAGCUCGUUGACAUCACAUGAACACAUUCUCGCCGGGCGCGGCCGGUCCAACAUCACUGACAUGGCGGAAGGCAUCAAGCAUCUUGCCGAAUCCAGCAUGACGGUCGAGCUGAUACAGAGGCUAAUCUUCAUCAUGAGAUCGAACACCAUCGAACUGCCGACCCCGAUCCACGGGCCAAUGGGCGUCAUGCUCGAACCGCUGGUGGCCAAAUUCAACCACAGCUGCGAACCGAAUCUCGCCAUCCACCGGCCCCAGUUUACGAUGAAGAGCAGGUGGAUGAAGUCCGAGUCGCUCUCGGAGGACCAACGACAAACCUACUUCCAGCUCAUACCACUACGGGAUAUCCAGCAGGGCGAGGAACUCUGCAUCAGCUACGUUGUCCCCACUGUCGCUGUGGACGCUCGGAGGAAGAAGCUCCUGGAAGACUAUCUCUUCGAAUGCAACUGCCCAAGAUGCAAAUCCGACACGGAAGCCUCGGCGGAACUGUCCAAACAACAUCCCAGUCUGCCGGGUCAAUUCGAGCAGUGGAUCAAAGACGUGGGCAGACACCUGGGCCGAGUGAGCAAGGAUCCAUCUUCCCUGCAAAAGGCCGGGAGCGUGAUGACGAAGUCGGAUCGCUUCUACGACCACCCCACGCUCUACACGACCGGCGACUAUCCCGAGAUUGCAAUGACCAUCAUCUUCGAAGCCUUGAAGGGUCAAGCGUUCGACGAGGCUCUCGUCAACUCCCUCCGAUUAUACUUUUUGGUCAACCCUGUGAGACUGGUUGGGCGCCACAAUCCGACGAAUCUCUACACCAUCUUCCUCAUGCUGGACAUCUUCGAUGCAGUCCUGGGGAUCAACGCACCGGCCGGCGCCAGCGACGACAAGGUGAAGCAGUGGCAACAACGUCUCGCCGAGCGAGGACUGUCCAAGAACGGGUUAAUCUACUGGCGCCAGAGAAUCUGUACGGAUCUACGACGGAGACUCGAAUCGAGCGCGGCAGACGAUCUGCUGGUCCUGGUUGACGAGCGGGAUGAACAGGCCAAGGAAGUCUCCGACAAGACAAAUCAAGACAUCGGGACCAAGGAAGGAGCCAAGAGCGCCGAGGAGGAAAUGAGAGCAGCAUUGAAGAUGAAGGAGCAGAAAUGGACAGAGGUGCUACAAGAGACUGGAUGCUAA